AUGCCAGCGCGUAUCGUGGGUGCUAUCGCCUCCGCCUGGCGCUGCGGAACGCCGGGCGAGGAGGCAAAAGACUCCCCCACGAUCCGGCCCAGCGUUAGCGCCUCGUCGGUGGGCCAAGAGACUCCAAAAACGGUUCAGCAGUCGCGCGCAGGAGAAACGAAACUGGUGCAACGUCGCAAAGGCACAUUGCGUUGCUCCUGUUGGCUGCGCCGUGUCCUAGCGAGGUCGAUGGCGCCCGCCGCCGCCAUCGUAGAGGAGCCCCGCCCCCUCAACAGGCUGUCCCCCCGGCAGUCCGAGCGGACGGACACUGCUGCGCCAGCCCGCUAUAACGUAUAUAUUGCCGGGCGAUCACCGGCUCAAGAAUACAUGGUCCAGCGCGAUGGCGCCUUGCGCAUGUUCUCCCACUCGGCUCGCUGCGCGUGCGCAGUCAUAAGGAGCAUUCUGGCCGUUCUUUGCCCCGCCCUCCGCCCGCGGAGCCACAGCAGAGCAUUCGCUACUUUCGGUGUUGCUUGGGAGCCAGAGCGUAUUAAAUGCCCCACCGCCUGCGGGUGCAUCGCGUGCUGGGUGGGCUGCGCGUGGUGUGGGGGCGGCGGGCGGUGCCCAAGCGGUUGCUCUGCUCUCGGGCCACUCAUUCGGCAGUCGGCGUUUCGGGCAUCCAGGGAACCUUCCAGACCCGCGCCCCAGUGGCAGGGGGCGCCGGGCAGAGGAAGGGCGGGGAAUACGGGCGCCCGCGGCCUCUGA